GCUAACCGCGAAACCCAUCGUAUAGAGCAACCGAGAAAUGGCUGUUAUCGUUAUUGAAUGAGGCAGAGAGCGCGAAGGGCCCAGUGUAGGAAUCGAGCACCGGUCGUGUAUUCAUGUCGAGGGUUGUGUGUGAUUGCUUGGCUCAGAGCUGCAGGUUGAGAUGUGUGGAGCUAUGUGGUGGUGGCCGAUGUCAGGCUGCAUACCCUAUAGCUGGGGAGCGGGCAAGAUGAGAAGAUGGAGGAGACUCGCUCAUCUGCACGAUUCAUAUCUUCAAGUGAGCGAGACACGGCGGGUGGGUGUGGAGUGGAGGGGCGACGUAAUUCACCAGACAUUCACAUGGAGCAGCUUGCGUCCAAGCUCCAGUUGGCCUAACUGCUUUCGGAAAGAUUCGCACGUGAUAUCUACGUGAGGAGGUUGCGACCGGGACGAGGCCUAAGGAAAGAAGUAUCUGAUUCCAUAAGUGGAUGGAAUUUCUUGCAAGAGAGUGCA